AUGGAGUUGAACCGAUAUCUCAAGGCUGCAGCACACCAGUCUAAGCCAAAAUCUCGUCGACUAGUUUCUGGGCUUAGCCAAUUUGGUGUACUAUCAGUGCAGGAUGCCAACAGGCGAAUUGGUGCCCGAAAGAAGGCAGAAGAAAAGAAGGAGGAGCAGCGACUUCAACGGUCUACUAGGACUUCUUUGGCCACCACCCACCCCAAAUAUGACCGAUUGGAGCUAUGGAUGAUGGGAAUUGAUGAAAACGCCGACCAAGAAACUAUAGAUAGUAUUUUAAACAGAAAUCGAUGA